GUAGUCGGAUUCACAAUAUUAUCAGUAUUUGUUUGUGAGUUGUCACAUAUAGGGAGAGUGGUCAAAUGAGUGAGUAUUGAUGCUGUUGUUGCAAUGAUGGCCACCAAAGAUAUGAAUAGGAGUACAACUCCAAUGCCUAAUACCAUUGAUGCAAGUCUUCCCAUACCAGCUCCUCCAGUCUCUCUUAUGAUCAUAUGAGGUCUGCUGCUGCCUUUGUUGUUUUCAUAUUCUUGAAGGUCAUUCACUUCAUAAAUGUGCUGCAAAUCUUCUUUGUCCAUCUUUGCUUAGUAUUAUAAAUUUUAGAGACUGGUUUAGGCUACGGUAUGUGUCAGCUAUAAAGCAAAGGGUGUGCAAAACAAAAGCUACUAUGGAUACCAAGUGCAUUCAUGGAUAGAGCACAAUUUUACUUAACUAGAUCUAGUUAAUAGCCUAAGCCUAUUUUAACCCCUCAGUCGGGAUCUAAAAUGGUGACCAGAUUACACCUCUUAAGAAGAUAUUUUAUGUCUUGCUCUUUUCCUCUGCUCAGAAAGCUACCAGAAAAAGAUAUAAUUAUCAACAGGAUAACUUACAGUAAUAGAUCGUUGCCUAACAGAUAUUGGACUGUAAGGUUAUGCACAGGAACGAGGGUUUUCCCUGUUGAAUUGGACGAGAAGACUUAUGAGAAGAUAGCAGAUGAAACGUUACAGGAAUUAUUAUCAGUUUUUGAAGACCUUGUGGACUCGGGAGAAAGUGGAGACGAAUCUGAUGUACAAUACGAGAGUGGUGUACUUACAUUUUAUUUAGGAGGUGGUAGAGGGACAUACGUCAUUAACAAGCAGACGCCGAACAAACAGAUCUGGCUCUCUUCUCCUACAAGUGGUCCAAAGAGAUAUGACAUCAUUGAUGAUAAGUGGACUUAUUCUCAUGAUUUGGUACCAAUGCAUGAGCUUCUGUCAAAAGAACUAACUCAAGCACUUCAGACUAACGUUGAUUUGACCGUACUUAAUUAUGCAAAGAUUCCAAAAAGUUUAAUAAAAUGAAUUUAAUACAACAACAUCAA